GGCCCGCAGCCCGCAGACGGGUGGUGUGAGUGGCUGCUGAGGCGCGGAGCGCGGCUGUGUCCUUCGCGUCGUCUUCGCUUUUCUCCGCUUCCCUUUCCGAGCGCCGCUGCCAUUAUGCUCUGCCGGUUGGUUUCCCGGAGCAGCCGCAGAAAUGGCAUUAAACUGAUUGAACCUAUUGGGUGUCUGGCCUUCAGACAAAAACACACUCUUCCUGAUUUGCCUUAUGAUUAUGGUGCCCUGCAACCCCAUAUUAGUGCAGAAAUUAUGCAGCUUCACCAUAGCAAGCAUCAUGCUGCAUAUGUAAAUAAUCUGAACAUUGCUGAAGAAAAAUAUAAAGAGGCCUUGGCAAAAGGUGAUGUGACUGGUCAGGUGUCUCUUCAGCCAGCUCUGAAGUUCAAUGGUGGAGGUCACAUUAAUCACACUAUCUUUUGGACAAACCUUUCUCCAAAUGGUGGAGGGGAGCCACAAGGGGAGCUAAUGGAGGCCAUUAAACGUGAUUUUGGCUCAUUUGCGAACUUCAAGGAGAAACUGACAACUGCCUCAGUUGGAGUUCAAGGCUCAGGAUGGGGAUGGUUAGGCUAUAAUAAAGAACAAGGUCGAUUGCAGGUUACUGCCUGUUCCAAUCAGGAUCCUCUCCAGGGAACCACAGGUCUUAUUCCACUGCUAGGAAUUGAUGUUUGGGAGCAUGCAUAUUACCUUCAGUAUAAAAAUGUUAGACCUGACUAUCUCAAAGCUAUCUGGAAUGUGAUCAACUGGGAAAAUGUAUCUUCAAGAUAUACAGCUUGCAAAAAGUAGCAGCAUUCUUGUACAGACUAGAACAAGAACCUUGGUGUUCCUCGGAUAAUUUUUGUAGUAAUGUCUAACAAGUUUGCUUGCUAAUUGCUCUACCAUUGAAAAUAUUCUAGCACAUAAAAAAAAAGUUCUUCACCCUAAAGCUAAACAUUUGUCUGAUUUGGUGAAACUAGUUCUUAAAGUGCUAACCUGCUUUUCAAAAACAGGAUUUCUGUAGACAGAACUCUGAAAGAAUAUAAUUCUUUAAAACAUCAGGAUGGUAUUACAAGUGAUGUUCCCCUUGAUAGCACGCCAAUUUAUGAUUAUGCUUUCACAUGCGUUUCUUACAAUGAAAGAAAAACUAAGUGUAUCCAAUCCAAGGGGAGGACUUGAGAAAUAAUAGCACUUCCAGAGCAUUUCAUAAAAUAAGUUUCAUGAAAGGCUGAAGUGUAUUUGUCAAGGCCAGAUAGUGCUUCAGUAAAAGGCAAUCCAUUAUAGUCUUCCUAAUGACAAAGGGUUUGCAAAUAUUUGUUCAUUACAACAGCAUUCUUAAUGUGUGUUUGUCAGCUGCUCCCAAUUUGUCCUCCCAAAAGAGAGGAAAAGUCCAAAUUAAAGGUAAAUCGUAUAAGAAAUCAGCUUUGUGGUUAAAGGUGUUUAAUGUGUGAAUGUUUGUCUUAUAUCUACUUCAGGUGGGAAGUAUCCACUCAUUGCUACUUCUGUAGGAUACUGUUAAUAAUGGAUGAUCAAAUUGUUCUCUGAUAUUGGUCUAGCUGGCUUUCUUUUCUGCCCUACAAUGUUUGAUUGGAAAUAUAAACAUUGUCAAAAUAAAAUCUAAAAAUGACUCUA